CCUGUCGCCGACUCCCUCCCUGACCCGCAGGACACUCCCCUCCGGAGGCCGGGCCUGGUCCGCCCGCCCGUCGCCCCCGUCCCGCCCCGCGCGCCGCGCCGGGAGCCCCGAGCCCGACCCCUCCCCCGGACGCCCGGCCCGCUCGCGGGACGGAGGCGGCGAUGGUGACUGGGCAGCGGCGCGGGGCCGGGGCCUGGGCAGGGCGGCUCGGCCGCCUCUUUCUCUCGCUGCCCCCGCCCCUCCUCCUCCUCCCUCUCCCCGAGUGCUAGCCCGGGCGGCCGCCGAGCUCGGCGCUCUCUCGCCUCGCCGCCUCCUCCCCCGCGCCGCGGACCCUCUCCCCUCCCCUGCGUCGCCCCCUGCUCCCGCCGCCUCCUCCCGCUCUCCUCCCGCCGCCUCCUUCCAGGCGCGGCCAGCGGGGGCAAGAGCGAGGUGGCUGCGAGGAGGCGUCACUGAAAGCCCUUGCUUGGGGUAGGCUGCGGGCUCGGAGCCGGAGACGCCGAGCUGGGGCCGGGUGAGUUGGGAAGCAGACUCUUUAGUUGACAGCUGGCCUAUGGUUUCUGCAUUUUGUUAAGAAGCACCUCAUGCAAGUGAGGGACCUGGGACUGCUCACAGCCAGGUGGCAUUUUUCUGAAGUUGUUCAUUAAGACUUCCCAGCAUUCCUACAGAUAUAAAUAGCAUUCAUGGAGUGACUGUGGAUUGGAAAGAUACAGUGUAGGGUGGUGGUCAAGUGCUUUCAUGGACUUCUCCUCAUUCAAGGUCAAGGUCACCAGUUUUGGGCCAUUAUGUCCCACAUCAGGUCCCCUGCCUGUGUCCAAUGCCCUUGGAAUUGUAUGCCAGGAAACAAUAUAAUCUUUCCAAUUGGGUGAGGCCGCAGGCAGUGCUCUGGGUCCGGGAGCGCUGUCCCCAGCAUGAACGCGGCCGGCGGCGGGAGUGAAUGACUGCAGCUGCGACUUCCUUCCCGGGCCGUCCGAGCCUCCUUCCCCACCGACUUUCUUGUUUCGAUUAACUCCGUGGACUCCUGACUCUUUCUUCGCCUGGAACAUCAAUAUGUGUCAUGUCAUUGUCACCUGUCGCUCGAUGCUCUGGACCUUGCUGAGUAUUGUGGUGGCUUUUGCCGAGCUCAUUGCCUUCAUGAGCGCAGACUGGCUGAUCGGGAAAGCGAGGAGCCGCGGCGGCGUGGAGCCGGCGGGCCCGGGCGGGGGCUCCCCGGAGCCCUACCACCCGACCCUGGGCAUCUACGCCCGCUGCAUCCGGAACCCAGGGGUGCAGCACUUCCAGCGGGACACGCUGUGCGGGCCCUACGCCGAGAGCUUCGGCGAGAUCGCCAGCGGCUUCUGGCAGGCUACAGCUAUUUUCCUGGCUGUGGGAAUCUUUAUUCUCUGCAUGGUGGCCUUGGUGUCCGUCUUCACCAUGUGUGUACAGAGCAUCAUGAAGAAAAGCAUCUUCAACGUCUGUGGGCUGUUGCAAGGAAUUGCAGGUCUAUUCCUUAUCCUUGGUUUGAUACUCUACCCUGCUGGCUGGGGUUGCCAGAAGGCCGUGGACUACUGUGGACAUUAUGCAUCUGCCUACAAACCUGGAGACUGCUCCUUGGGCUGGGCCUUUUAUACCGCCAUCGGGGGCACAGUCCUCACUUUCAUCUGUGCUGUCUUCUCCGCACAAGCAGAAAUUGCAACCUCUAGUGACAAAGUACAGGAAGAAAUUGAAGAGGGGAAAAACCUCAUCUGCCUCCUUUAGUUUGGAAGAGACAAUGCCAUUUUCUCCCUUGAGUAAUCUUGUGAAACAGUCCACAGUUUCAUCAUUUGAGUCAAGUGGAGAACUAACCUUUACCUACCAAAGCCACGUUCCACGGCCCGAGGCUUAAACAGGACCAAUGAGAGGCCACAUCCAGCUACGCAAAGUUACUGGACAGGCGGUCUGCAGUGCACAUUAUAAGGAAUGGAACAUGAAAAUAGUAUAUAAUCCCUGACCUGGAGUUGCCAAGUUCUGUCAGACUCCAUCUCCCCCAGGUUCAAUGAAGGAUAAUAAUCUAAAUCACUAGGGCAGCAGUUUCUCUGGUAACGGAAGAGAUCGUCCGCCAGAUCUGCAGGCUGUUUCUACUCCAACACUGCUUGUUUGUGAGCAUCUCUGCCUCAGAAUGGGGUUUUGGGUUGGAGUUUUUGUUUUCCUCUGUUCUUUCAAAGUGUCUCCAACGAACAGAAAACUAUAAACUUACUGGGGACAGGAUGUGUGCUAAAGGGCACAGCAAGGCAGUCUUUUGCUUAGCUGACCAAAGGGGUCAGCAGGGAUGGCGUGGAGUCAUGCUGUGGAACUUAUUCUAGGCUGAAUCCUAGGGUAAGGUGGAUCAACUAAACUGUCACUCCAGAGAUUUUAGAAAUUUGAGUAAAGAAACAAUAAGGACCUAUACAAUCAUAUGAGAACAAAAAUAUGAAAUCUUGCUAGUGAAAACGUAUUUUUUCCUCUUCCCAGCAGCCAGGCUAGCACCAGUUCUGGCCCAGUCUCCUCUUCUCCUGGAGCUCACAUGUUUUUCUUCUAAGGUUAGGAUUGUGCUUUGACUGCCAGAGGAAACCUCACUCUUGUUUCCUCCUUCCAGGGACUGAGGUCUCCAAGCUAGCUGUGGCUCAUUCAGAUGUUCACUGGGAGGACCUGCCAGAAUCUUGGCACUUGCGGGGAGACCUUUCCUCCCCGUUUGGUGACCGUGCUGUAGUCAGCUCUAUUUCCAGUCCCGACAGUAGCAGAAUGGCAUUCUACAACAAAAAGAAGCUAGUUAUGGGAGUUAAGUUUUUGUAGUUACUGGUGUUGAUCCUGAAAGCAGACUGAGAUAACAUUAAAUUGCUGCAACUAAAGAACUGCAACCAAGAUUCCAGGAAAGCACAGAGGACAAAGUUAAUUCAAAAAGAGGAGCUAGAUCAAGGUCACAGCACUGCCUAUACCUGUUUACAAAAAGAAUCAAAUACCACUAUGAAUAAGGAUUCAGGGGCUUUUAAUCUACUUUCCAUAAAUUACCAAUAUCACUGAUUCAGGAAGAUAGAUAGUAUCUCAGAAUGACCAGAGCAGUGCAGAAACAAGCUACUCUGACAUUAUGGGAGCUUCAAAAUUGUAUCAUGAUACAGAAACACUCCUUAGCACUUUAAGAAAGUGAGAUGGAACUGCCAGAUUUCUGGAAAGAGAAAAAGUGUAGGUAUUUGGGUUCAUUAAUCUGCUCACUUGAGGACUUUGUUUUGAAAAAGUACCUUAUGUGGACAAGGUAUUGUGUGUUGUGCUACCAGCUAUACAACCCUGAUUUCAGAUUUUGCAACCUUGCCCCGAGUGAAUCAUGUUAAAGCUGUCUGAGUCUAAAGCACCGUAUCUUGGUGCAGAACAGAUAAUUAUACAGAGAUGGAAUGGGACAACCAAAGUUUUACUACAUUCUGGUGUUUGGCCUAUAUGAGAAACCAUCUUCUCUCACAGAUUAAGGGCUAAGGGCAAAAGGGGUGGGAGGUGUGGAACUAGCCUUAAUGAGUUUCCCAUUCCUGAACCAAAAUUCAAAGUGAGUGAGAUGUAAAUCCUGUGAUUUUGGUGAAGAAAAAAACGGGUAUCUUCAUAGCAGCCUAGGAAACCUUAACCACAGCUCUAACACCACACAGAAAGAGGCUGGAGGAGCCACUGGACAAAGCUCCUGUCUCUGUGUGUACAUUUAUAAUGUUCUAACCAAGUCUCAAACCUUGACAAUAAUUUUCAUUAAAAACAAUCCCAUUCAUCAGACAAAUCUUGAUGAAAAACAAAAUUUUUCCAUAAACUUAUCAGAAGACUCACUUUUUUCUCUUUCUUGGAUAGAGAAACCAUUUUCUGACAGGUUUACAAUCUCAGUGUCCUUACAAGUUAAGUCCUAAGCUCACAGGAUCCUCCGAGCAUGUCCAUCACCUGCUCUUUGGCUAAGGUGGCAGUGUACCUCUAGAUCAACCUGGGAACAGUCACAAGGGAGUGUGACUUCUUGGCCAUAAUAAACUCACUUGACAGUGUUUGUGUUAUUAAUCUGAACGCAACAGAAGACAAAAGCACAGGUACGCACACACACAAAACCCCAAACCACUAAAAACUACCUAAACACUGACUUAGUAAAUAGUAAAAAGGUAAUGUUGGGACUUUUAAACCUUGAAUCCAUUAGCCAGGCUUGGGAUGAAAGGACCAUCUAAAAUCAUGCUAAUCUAAACCAUACUCUUCCACACAGCUGUUUAAAAACCACUGGGUAUGAGGAAUAUGCUAGAAAGAAAUGUUAAAAAUAGAUUGUUGGCCCACACUUAUUUCUCUAAUAAAUAGGACCAUUAUUACUACCAGGAAAGUCUUAUUUAUUUUGCCUGAAUUUGUGCUUAAAGAAAGUCUCAUGACGGGAUGGGAUGGGCUGCGCUUCUCAAUGAACUCUGAGGCAGAAAUAUUUGCCUUGGAUUCUGUGGAUUCUUUAAACCUGUGUGCUAAUAAUUCAAACAAUGUUGCAUUAAUUGUAUAAGGGUUUUUGUAUAGUUUUCAAACAUCUGUGGUGUAAUGAUCUUUGUUAAACAUAUAUUCUGUAAAGUGCCAUAGUCUUUUUUUAUGUGUAGCAUAUUUAAAAAUAUAUAUGUAUAUUAUACAUACACAAGUUUGUGUGAAAGAUGUGCAAUAACAAAGGUGUAUGUAUGUUUUGUUGUUUUGGAAACUGGACAGGAGUCAAAACAGGGAUGUUUCUGUUUUGGCAAAGGAGAGUUCCACAUUUUUGCCUUCAUGGCUUAUUCAGUAACCCAUAAUUUUAAUGCUACACAAAUCUUAUGUGAAGAAAAGACUGGUAUGAAAUCAUUUUUUCCUGGGUCUAAAAUAAUCACUACAGUUAUGUCAAAGUUAAGCCCACACGCCAGGCCCAGUUAAUGCUAGUCUUUCAUGUGAAAUGUGAAGCUGCCAUGUUGCCUUUUCUCUUUAGUAGAAUAACCAGUGGCUGGUACAUAAUCACUGAGGAGCUAUUUCUUAACGUGCUUUUAUAGACCAUGCUAAUGCUAGACCAGUAUUUAAGAGCUAAUCUCACACCUCCUUAGCUGUAAGAGUCUGGCUUAGAACAGACCUCUCUGUGCAAUAACUUGUGGCCACUGGAAAUCCCUGGGCCAGCAUUUGUACUGGGGUUGCAAUGACUCCCAAGGGCCAAAAGAGUUAAAGGCACGACUGGGAUUUCUUCUGAGACUGUGGUGAAACUCCUUCCAAGGCCGAGGGGGUCAUUAGGUGCUCUGGAGGGACUCGGCACCACUUGAUAUUCAACAGCCACUUGAGCCAAAUAUAAAAUUGUAUUUACAGCUGAUGGACACAAUUUGAGCCUUCAAACUUGUAGUUAUCCUAUUAUAUUGUAAACUAAUACAUUGUUUGUCUAGCAUUGAUUCGGUUCCUGUGCAUAUGUAUUUUCACAAUGUGCUCCCCUCCCCAGAUCUUAAUUAAACAAGAUUUUGCAAAUUCA